UGUCAAUCAAACGCAGUCAUUUUGUUUUGAUUCUGACCCUGGUAGCUUUUACAGUACCGAAGAAGCUUGCGCCAUAUUGUUUUUAUUCUGAUUGUCAUUUCAUCACUCUUAUUUUGGCUGUGUGCUACAUCAAUUGCAAAAACGACACUCAUAAAUUGCUAUUCCCAUAAAGAACAAGAGUAACUCGAACUGCAAACUUUUUCGUGUAAGAUUUCAAAUCAAAAAUAAAGAUCGUUCUGCUCUUUGAUCGAUUUUGCAUAGAACACCAGUGCCAGGCCGUUCUCAUCUAUUUACUUUAUAUUUUGUACAUAUAACAAUAUAUUUUGCGCAUCUUUUGACUCACCUUCAAGUUUGGUGCUUAUUUUGUUGCAGAAUAUUUAUUUGAAAAUCAAAAUGCAAGAAAACCAGCAAAAUAUCUUGGCGCACGCCGGUCCAGGCGAAGACCUCCAUGGGGAAGCGACUAGUGUCGGCCAUGUCGCGCAGCCUGAGCAGCAUCAGGCUCCUGGAGUGCAGCAGCAUCUGCAACCGCAACCUCCGCAAUACUACUAUGCCGAAGACGGAACAGUUCACCUUGUUGACGAGCCAGAGGUAGUCGAGCCACCUCGUGGGCGGAACGGGUGUGGAUGUCCAGUGUGGGUGAUCAUUCUGAUCGUCGUCGGGUCGGUUCUUGUGGUCGGCGGUAUUAUCGGCGUUGUCGUUGCUUGUGUCGCGAAUUCCACUAACAAUAACCCCAACCAGCCGGGGCCAGCAAAUCCAACUCCCCAACCCGGACCAAAUCCAAAUCCCCAACCCGGAACAAAUCCUCCAAGCCCGCCACCCGGCCCGACAAAUCCGCCGUCGCCUCCGGGCCCGCCCGCUGGAAAUCGCUCGGCUCCGAAACAGCUCAGCAGAAUCGUGAGUAACGACCCAGACGAUGCGGUAGACCUGCCUGCGGUGACGACCCCGAAAUUUGGUCCGAAACCGGCGGCGAAGCCAGCCAAUUUGACCAAUUCUGGUUCGCAUGGGACGACGACGCAGGCCAACCGGGGAAGCGCGGCGCGCGACACGUGGCUUCGCUGGAUAGCGUAUGACGCGCACGAAAAAGAUCCGUUCAAGGCCGGUGGGAGUGCGGAUACAAUUCUAAACGCUACGGCGAACGAAACCCUGAAGCACCACUUCCGCGAGAACAUCACACAGGACCGCGUUCACCUCGCGUACAAGCAAGUUCUUUCGAUCGUGCCGUUUGCUGUCAGUAUUUGGCGUACUACCUACUACGAGUCCACGAACGGUGUAACCUGGUAUUUGGAUACCAUUUGGGACGAAAAGUGGACCAUCUCCAAACUGCGCGACCAGUUGACAACGGGCACCGCCGAGGCACCGCCGCAAUAUACUCGGCCGAAGGACUUGAACACGGUGUGGAAUAGCAGUGUCCAAAGCUGGUCGAGUAGCUGGAACGCACUGCAGGUCAACGCGCUCAAGUAUCGCUUGAAGGCCCGGUUUGAGGACUUGCUGUCCGUCCGUGUUCACCACCAAGACAUGGAUGAUUUGUUCCAGCAAUACGACCUGGACACCACUGGCAUCACGGACGCCGACAGCGCAGCCUGGGUCUCCACGUACUACGUACUAUCCGAGCAGAAGAUGCGCAAACUCGUGAUGACAAUGUUUUGGGCGCUUGUAUUGGCUCGCAUUCGCGUGGGACGCAGAAUCAUGCAAACGAGCAAUGACACGUGGAAUAACCCCACCAGCGGCACGAAAACAUUCAACAAUCCGCACUCUGACGCCAACAAAAUGGGCAUGGGACACUGGGGAUUUGACCGCACGAUCUUCGGCACGCCUAAGAUUCUGUAUCAUUACACCAUCGUUACUUUUCAUCUAGCGAUCAGAACCUCCGGCACAUUGAGGCCUUCGAAUGACGCAGCAAAUGCCAUUCUCGGACCCGGAGUUUACUUCACGAACCUACAGCAAGGGUUAUUUAGCCUGACGGAGGUGCAAAAAGAAACGCGCGUUGGAGAGGAGUGCGUCGUGGCAUUGGAUGCGGAUGCCCUGAGGGAAAAGCAGAACUUCUACCUUGACCGCUUUUGGGAUGUCCGCAGGCGUCAGAAUGCAGGCGCGCGACAAGCUCGGUUGGCCGCCGAUUGGCGGAGCCCUGAGUUUGCAGACAAUUUGCGAGCUUUCGAUGAUUAUAUGAAGAACACCGGUACCGCAAUCAUGCCCGAAGUGAUGACGCGCGGCAGUCCCUCCGGGGCACAGAAGGAAACGAGCCUGAGUGACGUACUCGCUCGGCGACAGAAGGAGGUACGCUGGGAAUUGAAGGAAAACCUAAACGACGAAGGAACCUAUCUUUUUGGGGCAACGAACCACUGGCGGGCGCGCAAAAAAGCCGCCUACAGAAACGCACGUGGCCGCCGCAAUGGCUUUGACAUGCCGCCCGGCCGCGAAAGCGAGAGGGACGUUGUCAACCCGGACCUCACCGAGAAUGGCGGCCAGAUCAAUUUGCGCACGCUUGACGAGGGCUACGACUUUAUCUCGGUCUGCGGACUCAAUCUGCCCACUGCUGGGAACGGCGUCGUGUUUCUUAACGAGUGGGUCGCCGCGAAGGAAGGCCGUGCGACUUUGCGAACGCCGAGGCCAAACCCAAUCUAAGGAAUGGCAGUCGCAUCCGCACGCUCCUUUUUUAUACUUUUUUGCUUCGAGGAAUGCUGGCUCUCAAGUUCAUUGGACGGUAACCUGAAAGAGGUAGUGGUGCUAGAAAUGAUAAUAAAUUACGGAAGACUUAAGACCCAUCUGAAAGGAAUAUAUGCAUAUGGUUCACACUCUUUAUUACGACGCGGACAAGGUGGACCUCUGGACUUUCUUGCAAGAGGUGCGUGCAGUGCCGCUGCAAAAACUUUUGGUUGACGUGGAGCUGCCGCCUUGGCUGAUUUUUGAUUAUCUGGUGGUGCCACAGCUUGCUGCACACUGUCAAGGCCCACGAAACGAGAAGUGAGCAAGUUGCAGGUCUCGUUAGGGUUACGACUGCUCCUGCCGUGACCACCUCUCUCUUUUGAUCGACGUGUGCGAUUUAUUUCUGCAGACAGUUGUAGUUAUACGAUCUCCGUGACCGCGUCUCUCUUUUUUCUUUUUUUAUCGAAAAAAAGGAAGUUGCGACGCAGGAGCACCAUCAGCAGCCAUUCGUUACUUACAGCCAGUAUUGCGACGUCAGAAAAUAGAACAUCAACAUCAAGACUAAAAAUAAACUCAUGAAAGUACUGUACAACUGAUAUAACUCAUGAAAGUACUGUAAAGUAGUGUUGUACUCCAACACAAAAAGCUACAUAAGUAUGAUUAUCUUCACAUGUAUGAUUUUAUUUCAUUGACACGCUUUUUCUCUCAAUCUACCCGAGAGAGAGACGGGUCUACUAUGAGUAUGACACAGACACUAAGACUGCUCGCUAAUGCUUUGUCUCGAUCUCGUCACUGACAUGCGUGUUUCUUGGACAGAGUAAGCAACACGAAUCGUAGAGGCCACGUUCGUUCCGUUCGUGGUGCAAGUGAAAAAAUAAUAGAUAAGUCCAGGAACAAACCAUUUUUCUCUGAUCUGGAAGGUCCAAACAACACCCAGCGCGGUAGCUUGCACUACAACUUAUUGCGCCACUUUUUGACCUUUUCGCGGGUAAUAUCUAUGCACCCGGGCCGAUCCACUUGUUAUGCAUUCAGUGGGGUUUCUGUUUCGCACAAGUAGCUCUGGCGCGGCGGGUGUUUGACCUUUUGCUUUUGGGUGGAUCUUCCCUAUCAAGGGCAUGACGUGACGAAAGAGAUAGAGUAUCAGCAAUAUUCAAGGAUGAGACAUCGAUGGAUAAAAGCCAUAUACAAAGAAGGUCUUUGGAUGGCGUGGGGCAUCAAAUACA